AGCGCGGUGUGCUCGAUUGAAUCCAUGUACCAACGUACGGAUCUCGAGAUACUCUCGUCGGAUAUAAAGUCACUACUUUUCCCCCCGGAUUGUAGAUAUUCACUCACUGACCUCCAAGAACUUUUGGGCACAACUACUUUUUUUUUUUUUUUUGGUCGAUUUCAAACUUGCUGGAUUCUUUCCUUUAUUACCCAUCCCAGUAUUCAUAAUGUUGCGAUAUGCUUCUCCAAUGAGCUCCCAUGCUCCGGCAUGCCCUCCCAUGGAGCACUCCUACUCCACCAGCAGCGAAGACUCCUUGACACAGUCAAUGGGAUAUUACGAUGUAUACCAUAUGGCGAGCCAUGACUAUGAGCUCUGUCACGCUCCCUCCCAUGCAUCCUCCUAUCCAUCCUCCAACUAUUCCUCCUACUCCUCUGCCUCCUCCGCCUCCUCAUUCAGCCCAUCCUCUUUCGACUCGACGUCCUAUGAAGCACCAGCCUACGAGGUCUCCUAUGAGUUCACGCCUCCUCCCGUCUACUGCCCAGCGAACAUCCACCCACAGUACGCCCCACAGUACUUUUCCUCCCCGGUCCAGGGCACAUGGCCCACUACGCAGACCACCCAAGUAGAGGAGGUUUCCUACCCCCCACUGGAGACCUACUGCACUCCUCCUCCCAGUGAGCCCGCCAAACCGGUGAAGCCCUACAUCUGUGACUGCGGCCGGGCCUUCACUCGCCCCGCCGACCUGAAGCGGCACGACUCCAGUGUCCACAACCCUGUCUUCCAGGACUGCCCGGUGCAAGGAUGCAUCCGCAAAGACAGCAACGGCUUCCCGCGUCGGGACCACUUGAUUGAGCAUCUGCGGUCGUACCACCACCUGAAUGUGCCCAAGCGCCGUGCGGCGACCAAGCGGGUGACAAAACGGGCCUAAGAUGCGACGACAAAGUCUUGGCUUCGUCGAUGUUCUCCUGUACCUUAUUGGCUUGGAUGUUUUCUUGCACAUGUUUCAUUGGCUACUGGGAGGCAAGUGAUCGACCGCAUGUCAUUGAGUGACGUGCUUUGUUUUUAUAUUCCCCGCACCCAUUCCUGCAUAUCAUAUUACCUCUGUCCAUUACACACAUACAUAUCUUCU